AUGCGCCAAGCAGCCGAGGCGCUUCAGAAGGAAGUGCAGAACCAGCACGAGAAGGAGACUUGCCGUCCUUGUCUUUCUUUUUUCUCAUCUGGGCUUGGGUGCCCUUCCAGGGAGUUUUGCUCGCAUUGCCACCAUGAGCAGCACAGCGUGAAAGACUCUCCGAAGUACUUCUUGACGCUGCUGCAUGCGCAGUCGCAGUGUCUCCCCUGCGCGCCCACGCACAGCGGGGAGCCGGGGUGCCCAGGGGAGAGCUGCUGUUACUGUCACCACCCCUCGCACGGCGAUAAAGCUGAUAAGGAGCGCCAUUUCUCAGUUGUUUUGCAUGCGCGAGGCGUCUGCAGGCCGUGUGCCCUCUUUCUCACUGGCACAUGCCCUAAAGACGGACUCUCAUGCACUUUCUGCCACAGCGAGGAGCAUCUAAACGUCGCCGGAGGGGGGCCCCCCGUGGGGCCCCACCAACCGGCAGGAGGCGCGCCUGCAGGCGCAGCAGCAGCAGCAGCGGCCGCUGCUGCUGCUGCUGCGCCUCCGCUUAUCCCGGGGGGCCCCCUCCUCGCAACACCCUCCCCGGGGGCCCCCCCCCGAGGCAGGAUACUCGUCGGGGGGCCCCCCGGGGCCCCCGGCGGGGCGCCUCCAGUCCUCGGGUACCCAGCGCCCUUCUUCCCCAUGGGGGCCCCUUUCGGGGCCUCUAGGGGGCCUCCUCUGCUGCUCGCCGCGGCAAGACCGUCCCCCCUUCCGCUCAGCCCCGUGGCAGGAGGCCCCCCCCUGAGCACUCCGCUCACCGGAGCAGCAGGGGCCCCUCCCCCCCCGGAGCCUGCAGCGGGGGCAGCAGCAGCAUCUGCAGCAACGUGUAUAGUAACCCUGGCGGGAAUAGAAGCAGCAGCAGCAGCAGGUGCAUCUCGCACGCCUUCUGCCGCUGCUGAUGGUGCAGCAGCAGCAGCUGCGAAAGCCUCGGAAGCAAGCCCUGCAGCAAGUGGUGGUCGUGUCAGCACGGAGAGUGCUGCGAAUGCAGCGUCUGCUGGAAAUGCUCCGACCGAGAGGCCCCCCCCCGCUGCCGGUGCAGAGGCGAAGCUUGCACCACCGACGGAGGAGGAGGCCCCCCCUCCUCCCGACAGUAUCGAAGCAGCGGCUGCAGCCUACGCAGCAGCUCAACAGAAGAAGCAGCAGCAUGGGGGUACGACCCCCUUGCCCGCUGCUGCCGCCUCCUUCUUCCCGAUGGGGGGUUGCAUGCCCCAUGGCAUGGGGCCCCCCUUGGGGCCCCAUGGGGCCCCCCUGAUGAUGCAGCCAGGGGCCCCCAUGAUGCAGCCAGGGGCAGGUUUCUUCAUGGGGGGCGCGGGGAACGCCGCUGCUGCCUUUUCCCCCGGAUUCGCGGGGCCCCCCAUGGCGGGAAUGGACGGGCCGCAUGCAUACUUUGUGGGGCCCCCUGGGGCCCCCCCGCACGGCCACGAAAUGCAGCCGCACCCCCACCACCCCCCCCCUCCGCAGCAGCAGCAGCACGAAGGAGAGGAAGGCGGGGGCGGCGGCCCUCCACACCCGCCUCCUAUGGGUGGCAUGAAGUUGCUGGGUACAGGCAUGCAGCAGCAACCCCACCAUCAACAACAACAACCCCACCAUCAGCAACAACAACCCCACCAGCACCAUCAGCAGCACCAGCACCAGCAGCAGCCGCUUGGAGGCAGCAUGAGAAAUCCCAGCUCGCCUGCGCAUGGCACUCCGCAGAUCCUCAAGCCCCCGAGGCCCCCCCCCCCCGGAAUGAUUCACGAAGGCCAGAGCAAGCUGCAGCAACAAAUUGCGAUGGCGAGGGAAGCAGCAGCCGCCAUUGGGGGGAUGAACAACACCACGAGCAACUCGUGGAGCUCAGGACCAAAUGUUCCCCCUCCUCCCCCGAUCCCUCCCCCUCCGGCAGGGGGGGGGGGAAGCGGUGCAGGGAUUCGCAUGCAGCCGCAGGAGGGGGCCCCUGCGAAUACACCGGGGGCUGCAGCAGCAGCUGCGGGGGGCGGCCGGCCUUCCAUGUCGCCAGCUGCUGCUGCUGCUGCCGCCGCUGCUGCUGCACUGGCUGCAGCAGCGCUGGCUGCGCGCCGAAAGGGCGACGCUGCAGCAGAAGCUGCUCGGCAACAGGCGGCAGCAGCGGCUGCCCAGGUGGAAGCGUCUGUGUUGGGGCAGCAGCAGCAGUCUCACCAGCAGCAGCAGCAAUCGCGGCUGCCAGCUAGCGUCAUUGCUGCAGCAGAAGCCGCUAAAGCCGCAGCCGCAAAAAUAUCGGCGGCUCUCGCGGGCAUGAGCGCCAAGGUCUCGGCUGCUUGGGCCGCGAGAAGCUGCGCAGGAAAGCGUCCAGCAGCAAAGGCAGCAAGCCCUGCCUGGUGCUGUGCAACCCGCUUUGCAAAUGGAGAGCAAGAUAAGGGUGUGAGUGGGUGA